UCGGGAACAGCAGUCUGAAUUUGACCUGCGGUCUGCAUAAUGCGACCCGGCAUCAAAGGAAACACGGGCGGGCUGGAAACAUGCUCCAGAUACUAACACCUCCGAGCUACAAACCUGGCGCAACUGCUGGUUCUUGACGAGGAUUGGGUUUUUUUUUGUAUAAAUAUUUUGUAUAUAAGCCGAUGCCCCAGCGCUUUCCUUGGCUUCCCUGCAUUCAGCUGACAGGAAUGAAAGCACAGCUGUUUGGUUGACUUGCAAUACGAAAACACGUUUUUUUUUUUUUCUUUGCUAUGGUGGAUGUGAAUGCAAUGAGAAAGACAUACAUGGUACCGGAGAUCAAGCCUUUGGAUCAGUACGAUUUCACCCGGGCUAAAAUAUGCGCCAGUUUAGCCUGGCUCUUGGCUAAAUCUUACGGUACAGCAGAGAGCGUCCCAGAGGAGAUCAGGGAGCCCUUCUACAGUGACCAGUAUGAGCAGGAGCACGUCAAGCCCCCAGUCACCAGGCUGCUGCUGUCCUCGGAGCUGUAUUGCCGGGUCUGCGGGCUGAUCCUGCGGGGCGAGGAGGGGGCGGCUGCACCCCGAGACAAUGCAGCCCUCCUCCAGCUCCUCACACGCAGGGGGCUGCAGCCCACCGACCAGGACCAGCCCAUCACGGAGGCUGACCUGAGGCUCCAGCCCAUCAAGAUGGUGAGCCCCUUCCUACCUCAUCUUUGA